GUAUUUUCUCAUCCAGGUCUUUAAGGAAAUUUACCAAAACAAAUUAUUUCGAACCAGCUAUUUGAUUGAUGUUUGACCACUUUUUGAGGAGUUUUGAGAUUUUGGUGACCUAUCAUCAGUGAUUUUGGGCAAUGCCUCUGCAGAAAGAGAUCUUACAGGAGGUUUGGACAGCAGAUGUCCUUCAUAAUGAUUACUUUGAAAGGUCAAUGCAGCUCGUGCAGAAGCCAAAAAAGAAGCCAGAGGUGGAUUCUGGAAAGGACAGUGGACCGGAGGCAAAACCAAAAACAAGCAAAACUAAAAAGAGUAAAGAGCUGUCAGGCGAGGAGGAGAUUACACGCUCCAAAAAAGACAGCACAACGGCAAAGAAAAAGAAAAAAGACGACGCAGAAGAAAAAAACACUAGGAAGAAGCCAAAAAGUAGCUCUAAAAAGAAGAAUGAUUGUGAAAAUGAAGAUGAGGAUGAUGAUGAGACCCCACCGAAGACCACAAAGAAAAAAUCCCCCAAAGAGAUCCCCCCUGCUGUCACCAAAGAAAAGAAAUCAAAAACCAAAGAGGUUAAAAGUGAAUCAGACAGCAAAGGAAAAACUGCGAAGCCUAAAAAGGAGUCAGCUUCUAUGUUUCAGAUAAACGGAGAUAAACCAGACUUCAUUGCAAAAAAGAAAGCCUCCAAGUCUGGGAGUGAAGAGAGUGAACCAGAGACUAAAUCCAGCAAGAGCAACAAGAAAUUGACGGCCAACUCUGCCUCCAUGUUUCAGGCUGGAGGGGAGAAAGAAAAAGACAAGAAAAAAGACAAGAAUAGCAGUAACAAGGAAAAAGAGAAGAAUAACAAGAAAAAGCCCAAAUCUGAUGAAAGUGAAGAAGAGAAUUCAGAAGUGACCAAAAAGAAAAAAGGCAAAGGAAAGAAAAAUAAAAAGAGGCCUCCAUCUCCAGAGAUUGAGUUUGAUGACCUUGAGGAGUUUGUUCUUCAACCUGCACCUCAAAGUAUCACCGUCAAGUGCAAAGUGACACGGGACAAGCGGGGCAUGGACAGAGGCUUCUACCCCACCUACUACCUUCAUUUGGACAAUGACAAAAAGGUCUUUCUAUUGGCUGGUCGAAAAAGAAAGAAGUGUGCAACGUCAAAUUAUCUGAUCUCCAUAGAUGCCACUGACCUGUCGAGGGGUGGUAAUAAUUUUAUUGGAAAGUUAAGGUCGAAUCUCAUGGGUACCAAGUUCACAGUGUUUGACAACGGUCUCAACCCUGAACGCGCCCUCAGGGACAUGUCCAAUGCUCGGCAAGAGCUAGCUGCUAUUAUUUAUGAAACAAAUGUCUUGGGGUUUAAAGGGCCCAGAAAAAUGACUGUGAUUAUACCAGGUAUGGAUGAAGACAACGAACGUGUGCCAAUACGUCCACAAACGGAAAAUGACAAUCUGCUUGCAUGCUACCACAAUAGACAGAUGGACAACCUGAUUGAACUUCACAACAAAACUCCUGUUUGGAAUGAUGACACCGCCUCAUAUGUGCUCAACUUCUCUGGUCGGGUCACGCAGGCCUCUGUCAAAAACUUUCAGAUCGUCCACACCAAAGACAAUAGCUACAUUGUGAUGCAGUUUGGAAGAGUAGCUGAUGAUGUUUUUACUCUGGACUAUAAGUACCCCAUGUGUGCAGUACAAGCCUUUGCUAUCGCCCUCUCCAGCUUUGAUAGCAAACUGGCGUGCGAAUGAAAACAAAGCACAAAGUCCUAUCAAUGCACAAUAACCUCAUCAUUGGGAUACAAGAUGAUGAAAAGCCACCACCAUUAUUUGCAGACAUUGGGACAUUUUCAUGACUUUCAGUGUGCCUGAAUGAGACUGGGACUCCAAUGAAGUUGAUACAGAAGUUUGUGCAUUUAAUGUGAU